GGGCCGCACGACCGCUACCGUUGUGCUCGAGCUUUUGAGGGGCAUGCAGAGUGCCGCCACGCGCUUUCUCUCGGAGUUCGCGCGCGGGGCAUCGCAGGCCCUGGUGGUGUGGUCGGCGACCUCUGCUGCUCCGCCCGCUUGCCCACCGUGCGCGUGCGAGUGGUCCCCACGGUACCACAUUGCGUGUCCCGACGUCAGCGGGGCCAGCAUCGUGCACCUGGUCAGCGUUUGGUGCAGCCACGCGGUGGCCUUUUUGCUGGGCACCUUGCUGGGCGUGAUCGUGGUGCCCGCCUUCCUGAGCUGCAAGUGGCUGGUGGGAAGCAUCUGGAGGCGCUCGAGGACUGCGACCAGCGUCAGCACCGCGCCAGUGGAGGCGACGUCGGCCGAGGAGAUACGCCCGCCAGUUUUCCAUGAGAGGAUCACGUUGUUCGAUGUGCCUCCGUCUCGUGCUGCUAUUGCUACUGUGGACGGAGAUGUGUACGUGGAAUCGGUCGAGGUUGACGGGGACGUCGAGGAGGCACGGCCGUUGCGAGGCUUGGGCGCACCUGUCUUCGGAGUCGCGGAGGCGAACGUCUAUCGUUUCGGAGCCGUGCCCUCUGCUCCACAGGUGUGGGGCUUCCUGCGGGACGCUGCCUUGCAGCUCGGCGCCGCCCUGCCUCCCUCGCCGUUUCUGCUGGCUGGUGGGGCGGGAGUGGGAGCCGCGUGGGUCCCUCAGGCGCUGGCGCUGGAGAAUCCUGCGGCCGCCGCGGCCGCGGCGGCGGCUGCUGCUGGCGGAGGAGGGGCGGCGGUGCCCGCACCAGGCGACGGCGCUGGAGGCGGCGGCGGCGAUGCUGUGCCUGGAGGCGCAGGCGCUCUUGCUGCGGCUCUGGGCGUGGCGAUGCCUCCCCCCCUCGGGGGUGGCGGUGCUGGGGCGGGCGGCCCAGGCGGCGGCGCUGCAGCUGCUGGUGCGGCCGCGGCGGUGGCGCCAUUGGCGGCGGCCGAUCCUCGCGUCUUCCCGUUGGCGACGGAUCACGCUGGUCGCCGCCAGCUGGACUACUCCGUCGCGCUGCGGGACGCUACCACCACGCCACGGGACGAUUGGCCGAUCAAGGGGCCAAGGACGACCCAGUGGUGCUUGGAGCACAUGCGUCGGAACGCGGGCGGCCCUCUGGCCUGGCACUCGAAGUGGAAGGCGGAGGCGAGGCUUCGCGACUCGGAUGCCAUCUGCCAUCAGCAUGAGAUGAACUGCAGGCUGCUGGAGAUGGCCACCUGCUACGACCAGCUCAACGCGUCAGAGCUGGCGACCUUUGAGCUGGUCAGUCGGCAGACUCAGCUCAUCGAGGAGCGCCACUACGAGGAGGCGGUGGCUGCGCAGGUGGCGGCCGAGGAGAAGAAGGACAAGAAUAAAGGCCUCGGGGCGAGCGAGAGUCUGCUCGCGUCGGAGGCCGAGCGCUACAUGGGCGUGUCGGCGAGCAAGGGCAACCUCUGCAUCUCGCCAAUGCUCACGGAGUUCAUUGCAAAGCAGCUGAAGGCGGAGGCAGCUGUUGCCAAGGAGAGGCGUUGGGCUAACGACGGCAUCGCGGCGCUCAACCAGCUGAGCGGCCACGGUGCAGGCGCGGCGGCGCCGCCAGGGCUGACGUCAUCAGCUGCCCGGGCGAGCGCGCUGGACCACAUCAGCCAGGCCUUUCGCGAUUUUCCUGUGCCUCCUGACUAUCAUGAGGACCGAGUUUCAGGCGAAGCAGCCCUUGCAGAGCUGCUCGCGUCGGCGCCUGGGUAUUCCGCGGAGUCUCAGCGCGUCAAGCCCUACAGCAAGGACCUGGUGUCCUGGCCCGACAUGUCUACCGCACCUGUGGAGGUUACAGAGUUGGUGGAUCAGGCCGAUCGUGAAUGCUUGUUGGGAUGGAGACGGACCAUGCUCAAAGGUGAGAUGGCCUCUGAUUCCCGAGAUGCGCCAGCUCCGCGGCGCCCGUACGUGGGCCCGAUUUUGGCCAACAGCCCUCGCGCCUACGCUGGUUUCGUUGGCAAGUUGCUUCAGGGUGGCAUGAUUAGCUUCCGCGUGGCGCGUGCUGCUGAUCCUUAUAGUUUGGGAUUUUUCUUUGUUGAGAAGGUGGGCAAGGGCACGUUGAGACUCGUGUUCGACACAAGAGUGGCGAACGAGGAUUUCGAGCCCCCGCCCAAGACGACGCUUCCGGCGGCUGCUGCUUGGUCCGCCUUGGAGUCGCAGCGUCCCGUCGUUCUAGCGCAGGGUGACAUCCAAUGUGCAUUCUAUCACAUGCUGGUGCCAAAAGGGAUGGAGGAAUGCUUCACGUUGCCCACUAUUUCAAAUCAGUUGUUGGGGAUUACUCACGUCGACGGAUUGCCAGUGGCUAGCGACUGCUAUCUUCAGCCCAUGGUGCGCGUGUUACCGAUGGGAUGGAGUUGGUCGCUUCUGUUUUGUCAGAGCAUCAUGCGCAGGGCUCUAGUGGAGAACGGGUUCAGUGACGGAUCGUUGAUCGAGGACGGCCGCCCCAGUCCUGUGCUGCACUCGCCUGUGAGUUUAGUUGCUGCUGGAUACGUUGAUAAUUUUGCAGUCGUGGGUUGCGAUGCAGACAUUGUGACGGCCAUUCUGGCUGUCCUGCGGCGUGGGGCGGCCUCGCCCCGCCUGCUGGAAGUCUUGCUCGGGCACAUCACGUGGGCGAUGAUUUGUAAAAGAGAGACUUUGUCUAUUAUACACUCCGUCUACGCUUUCAAGUCCCUCAAGGGCCCCAACGUCAGGCCUUCGUGGAACUCGGUAAGGUUUGAGCUCUGGUGCGUGGCUAGUACGCUGCCUCUGUGGUCCUCGCAUUUGGGUAUUCCUUGGGGUUCACGGGUCUCCGCUUCGGACGCGUCUCCUAUUGGCGUCGGCGUCUGUACUCGAGAUCUGGACUGGCCUCAGGUGGCCGACAUGGGGAGGGUUACGGCGCGGUGGAGGUACAGGCGCACGGCGGCAGUUACAGCAAGGGCUAACGCAUUGGGGCUGGAUGAGCUCCACCUGGAGGAGGGCCUCUUGGACUCCGUCGCCGUGGACUACGUCGAAUCGUUCAACCCCGAGGGCUCCGUCAAGGGCUUUCUGGAGGUCCCCAAGGAGAUCAGGGAGGCCUCAGCUUGGGCCACGGUCAUCUCGAGGAGGCAUUGGGAUCCCAUGAGGAACAUCUUGGAGCUCGAGGGGGAGGCGUUGCACGACGCCGUUCGCCACGCGUCCCGCAACGGACAGCCAGCGGCGGUUCAGCGCUCCCUCACGCUGAGGGUCGCUCGGAAGCAGCAGCAUCCACGGCCGACGCAGCUGGCGGAGGGCGCCAUCAGCUUCCUGGAGAUGUCUGCCGCCACGGACUCGACCAGGGAGCGCUACAGGGGUCACGCCGAGAGGUUCCUCGAGUGGGUGACUUGGCACGGCCUGGACUUUCACUCGGCCCCGCAGCUGGACGUGGCGCUGGUGGCGUUCAUGACCGACCUGGCCUUGGACGGGUUCGACUCCGCCACGGGGAGGAUGUCAGUAGCCGCUCUGAGGCAUUUCUUGCCCCAGCUGCUCGGCGGCAGGCGCCCUCCCCCUCGAGCGGCCCGAGCCCUCGACGGCUGGCGGCGGCUGGUCCCCCCGCAGAUGCGGCCCCCACUGCCGCGAGCUGCGGCCAUGGCAGUUGCUGGUUGGAUGUUCUCUCGCAACUUGCCCAGCGUGGGGGUGUUCGUGGCGCUGGUGUUUCAUGCGUACCUGCGGCCCUCGGAGGCUUACCGUCUGAGAGUGAGCUCGUUGGUGCCGCCAAUAGCUGGGACGGGGUUCAGCUCAUGGGGGAUCAUCGUCAACGACGCGAAAGCAGGCCGGCCUGGCAAGACGGGCGAGACCGACGAGUCGGUGCUGGUGGAUGCGCCAGAGCUCUGGCCCGUGCUGCUCGCGCUGAAGGCCAACAGGGAGCCACGCGCCAGCCUGUGGAACUUCAGACCCGCCGACGUCCGCUUGAUAUUCGCCCAAGGCUUGAGGGAGCUCGGGCUGCAGAAGGAGUCCCCGUCCUUGUACGCCCUCCGCCAUGGGGGGGCCUCACGCGACUUGCUCUCGGGGUCCCGAUCGUUGGCGGCAGUGAAAGAGAGGGGCAGAUGGGUGACGGACAAGAGCAUGAGACGGCAUGGCAAGCGCACUCGGAUGCAACAGAGAAUCGGAGACCUGCCCGUCGAAGUCAGUCGCUUUGGAAAUCAGGUGCUCGAAAGAUUGGCGGAGCUCAUCGUGUGCAGUUUUGUGAACGGCCAUUUCCCGCUGGCUGUUCCUCUUCAGCCCAUGCCUGCCGUCCCGCCAGUCGCAAG